AUGCACGAGUCCUUGCCCUCACGAGAAGUUAUCGAGAUGAUAUACAAUGCCCGCGGUAAAAAAGCCAUGUUUUUUAAUGAAAUUUUGAACGCUCCAUAUGCUGUACUUGAGCAGAAUGGCCUCAAGUCACCAGCCAUCUUACUCGAAAUACCGAGUCCGACGUCGCAUCCAGUGCUGAUCGCAAGACAUAUGCUUUACAUUGCUACUUUCUUGCAGCAUCUCCAUACCAACUUUUUGGGGGCUGUAAAUAGUUUACCGGAACCACUCCCCGCACUAAUGGAACGACUAGCAGGAACUGCUACAAGUUUGGUCACGACAAAUGACCAGUUUUUUGGAAGCAUCGAGGGAUUGGAGUGUGUUAUGAUGGAAAGCAUGUACUACCACAAUGGUGGAAAUCUACGACGAAGCUGGAUAGCGAACCGCAGGGCUAUGGUUAUUGCACAAAUGAUGAACCUCCACAAAGAUCAAAGCCGAGCAAAAUACAAGGUUCUUGAUCACAACACGAAAGCUCAUCCGCAGUUCAUGUGGUUUCGAAUUGUCUCUCUCGAUCGCAAUUUAUGUCUCAUGCUAGGUCUUACCCAAGGCUCCUUUGAUCAGAGUAUGGCCACUGGCGCAGCAUUCAAAGAUGAUAUCCCUAUGGGCCGCCUCGAGCGAAUGCAUUGUGCUCUUGCGUGUCGCAUAUUGGAACGCAACGAGUCUGAGCCGUGUGCCAACCACUUUGCCUUGACACAAAACCUCGACUUAGAGCUACAGCAGAUUGGGAGAAGCAUGCCUUGCAAAUGGUGGCUUAUGCCAAACCUAGACAGUGUUACGGAUGACCCGCAGGCUCUAGUUUUGGAAAUGGGACGGCUGUUCAGCCAGUUGUAUCAUUACAACUUGCUCAACCAGCUCCAUUUGCCUUACAUGCUUCGUUCAUCAACUGAAAGAAAGUACGAAUUUUCCAAAAUGACCUGCGUGAAUGCGUCAAGAGAUAUUCUCUCGCGAUUCAUCAUGUUUCGUGGCUACAACAGAAAUAAUUUCUGCUGCCGGACAGUUGACUUUUUUGCACUAAUGGCCGCCAUUACACUACUUCUGGCGCAUCUCGACAGUCAUCGCUUUCCACAGACUAGCAACCUCUUAGCGCACCAAUAUAUUAGUGAUCGUGCCAUGAUAGAGCAGGCGCAGUCGAACAUGGAAGAAAUCAGUCGUGUUAAUGGUGAUAUUUUAAGUACCCAAAGUGCGGACUUAUUGCACAAGUUGCUGGCUAUCGAUUCCGAAACAGCAGAUGGGGUCACUACAGAGAGCGUCACAGUUCAGACACCAGAGAAUGCAGUGUCGCAGUCAAGCGAAAAUAAUAAUGGCGUUGUUCGGGUGCAAAUACCUUACUUUGGCAUUGUCAAGAUUGCCCGCCAGGAUGUUGUUUCGAAGGAGAUAGCCAACGAACAACCGCCUUUGAGUAAUGGCCAACAAUACGCUCCGCUUAUUGGCGUGGAUAACACCGAGAUUUCGGAAUCCGCAGUGCGUGAUCUUGGCUCUAGUAGCUUCAAUGGAAAUGCAUUUCCUAGGUCAAUGACGGGAGUGGAUUAUCAGUCUGUCGAUAGUAGUAGUGGCUCGCAUGAACAGCUCACAUCGCGGUAUCAAGACUCUGUUUCUGAAACCCUCCUGCAGAGUUAUCAAGAUCCUGGGCUAACUGCCAGAGUGGACGACUGGGCAUUCCAAGGGGUCGAUAUGGCUUUCUUUGACAGCGUAAUGAGAGGCCUCGAUAACGGAAAUACUUCACAAACCUGGGACAAUAGCCCUUCACCUUGA